AAUGAGACGUUGUCUGGGUAAAGGGACCUUAUUGUCGAUGGUGCUUACGUUCCGCGGCGUCGUAUUUGUUACGAACAUCGCUCAUAACGCCGUACCCUUUACCCGGAUAACGUCACAAAUUGCCUUGAAAGUAUGUCCAUGACGAAAAAAGUUUUAACUCUCUUCGAAUCCUAUAGCGACAUAAGUCUUUCCUGACCUGAACUUAACGUUAUUCAACUCUAAAACGUCGUAUCUCUCUAGUAUUUUCAUAGGUACUUAAUCCCUUUUAAUGUGGGUAGGUGUAAAGUUUCGCGCAUCUGCCGACAUCGUUGCACAGAAUGGCGCGAUCAUGAAGCAGCUGGCUUAGCCGAAAGACUAUCGUUGACGCCAGACGCCGAUCGAAACGCAGUCUGACUCUGUCGCGCCGAUAAGGAAGAGCGAUAGAGAUAGGUAGCUACGAUAACGAUAUUAUCGUAAGCAGUGUGCAUUUGGCUACGUGCUCAGGGGCUGAUAGUUACGGCCUUCUGCGGUGGGCGGGCGGUUACGGUGCGAAGUUGUCGCGCUUGUGUGUGUGGCUUUGUCGUGUGGUAAUUUGAAUUUUUAUUGCACUAAGGGCCACUUGCACCAACGAAAAUUUUGUAUGGAAUUUGACAGAUGACAGCCCACUAACCCUGAGUUAAGUGAUUGGUGAAAGUGGGCCUAAAAUCGGCCUAAAAUUAAAACGAGAAUAGCUUUUGAAAAUUGGUCACAUGACAGAUUUCAAAACUAGGUAAAAAGUUUUUUGGGCUAAACUCUAUGCGAGAAACAACACCACCACUUAUAGAUUUACUUAGUCAGUGAGAAUUCUGUAGGUACGUUGCGCAAAUACCUAUCGACUGUUUGUACUUUGAAUUCUAUGGCACAAUAUAUAUCUUUCUACUAACAUUUGUGUCAGUUUUCUUCUACGUCACACGAUUUUCAGCAUCAUGUUUUGUGAAACCGCAUAGUCCUCCAUCGCAAACAACAACAUCUGAUGGAAAGCAGUCAUCGCCGCCCAUGGACUUAAGCAACAUCAGGGGAGCCACAUAUGCGUUGCCGACCUUUGGGAACCCUGAAUACCUGCUCCUUGAAGAACCCCUGGUCAUAGCGCAAGGGGAACAAUUGGGAACAAUUUUGUGUAAAUCGUAAAUCGACUCCCUUACAAAGUCACAGCGGCGGCGCCAUCUGUUGAUCGAGCGUCCAACGCUGUGUACAUAACAGUGAUGUGGCAGGCCUCCGACAGCCAAGUUCAGUUCCGGUAAUUAGUUGGGGGUGUGAAUGUUAGUGGACUAGCGGAAAAGCCGAAAAGCAUGGCGUGUGAAGUAAAGAUGGCGCCGUCCCCGCCGCCCGGCUCCAUCGAGGAGCUGGCGCGCUGCUCCAACUGCCGCUGCCCCUUCGACGAGGCCGAGCACGAGCCCAAGCUGCUGCAGUGCCAGCACUACUUCUGUCUCACUUGCACCCGCCACGUCCUCGGCGCGGGGAGGGAGAUAUACUGCAUGCACUGCUGGAAGCGGACCGUCGCCCCGGGCGGCUUGGCCGAGCAUCUGCCCACACACGCCCCAGUCCUAGCUCUGUCUCUCAGACUUCAGAACCAAGAGGCGGACACGCUCUCGGUCGAGGAGCUGGAUGUAUGCGCCCCGCACGUGAUGCCGGCGCUCUGGUGCGCGACGUGCAACGUGCUCGCAUGCCGCGCGUGCACCGAGCACGCCUCUCAUAUGCUCCGUCCGGCGGCCGAGAUCCGGGCGAUGCUACUCCGUGACGCUCGGACGUUACAUUCCGAACUGACGCAGCUCGCGGAACGCCAGCGGAACUCUCUGCUUAGAGCUUUGGAUGCCGCUACUGCGUUGAAGUUGAGACUAGAAGGGGAAUUAGCAUCGCCGGUAGUCGAACCCGAGCCAUCAGGAAACGUAGCGCUACCGAUCGUAGCCGCCGAACGUGAUCGCUUGAAAGCACUGUACGAUCGAACGCUGAUAAGCUGCCGACUGGAUGAUUUGGCGAGGUGUUCAUUAACACCAGUGAAUUUCGAUCUGUUGCGGAAUGCAUUGGCGGCGGCUGAAGUCCCGGGGCCGCCGGAGGCAGUCGACCCGGUGCUUUUCUUAGCCAACUACUGCAUGUCGCAACUGUUCGCUCGUUCUUUGACCGCUGCAGCUCCGCCGUCUCCUUCAACGAGACCUCAUUUCUUCUUCACGCUCGACAUAGACGGAGCUCCUGCAGGGAGGGUGGUCAUCGCUCUACGCGAGGACGCGGCGCCGCGCAUGUCGCGCAACUUCGCAGCUUUAACCACAGGGGAGCUCGGAGUGGGUUACCGCGGCUGCUCCGUUUUCCAAUGCUGGGAAGGCGAGAGUGUUAUAACCGGGGACUUUGAGCUGAACAACGGUCGCGGAGGACGCAGCGUUUACGCUGAAGGGUACUUCAUGCCGGACGACUCACGGCUGCCGGCCGUGCGCGGGUCUGUAGGCAUGCGGCGCUCGCAGAAGCGACACGACAUGCUCGGGCUAGUCGGAUCCCAGUUUAGGAUUAUACUGCGUGAGAUGCGCGGUUUCACUGCGAUUUUCGGGAACGUCGUCGAAGGCUUGGAGAUCGUCGACCGGAUCAGUAGCAGCGGGGACCCGGCGGGUAAGACUCACAACACCAUCGUCAUCUCGAACUGCGGCCGCCUCUAAACCUCUAUCCGCGGACCAACCUCUACGGUCGCCGCUAUUUUUAUAGACGUUUUGAAGUAUUUUUCAGCUUGUUGUGGUUCCGUUGCCACUUAUAUGAAGAUAUAUUUUGUUAUCGAUGUAAUGGAGGCUCAACGUCACAUAAAUCUAGGACGAUAAGUUUAAAAAUGUCGUUUAUGGAUCCACAUACGAGAUAGCUAAUGUCAAGUCAAUGUACGAAAUGAUUAUUUUUAGCUAUAUUUAGUAUAAGUAUAAAUGUCAAUGUACCGACCCGCAUUAGGGUAAGAAACAGAGUUAUUUACACGCGGGUAUAUUUACCAAGGGUCAAAGACUGUGAUGUAGGCUUUACGGAGAGGAUUGACUUGAUCGUUAUAUUUUAUCGUAUAUCGGAGUUUAUCAGGGUACUUCCCAUUGAAAUAUAAAGUCGUUUAGAGUAGUGUUUAAAUUUGUGUUUCGAACUAAAUGUUAAUGGGAGGUAGCCUUUAUGUCGUGCAGUGUCGUUUGCUUCGACGGUGUAGACAUAUUUUUGCCACUCUUUAACCAUAUAGGAUAUUUUAGAUGCCUUUUUGGUAACGUCUCACAAGUUCUAGUAAGUAUAUUUUUUUAUAUUUUACUUUCUUCUCUAUUAAUGAAUAUUUGUAAUUGUAAUAAGUAUAUUUAACGUAGUCGUUGAUCGACAGUCGUUGUCGUGUCGUUGUUGCUGCACUUGUGAUGUGGAUUUGUGAUCUGUCAAUAAAUCUUCAAGCAGCCGAACUUGUUUCAUUGAUACCCCUACUUUAAUUAUUAACACAUUCACUACCAUACAAAUAACCACAUUACAAUUUUGAACAAACACCGACCGCGACAAAGUGGAUAGAUUUUUAUGAAACAUGGCUAAGAACACUCCC